GAAGAGGGAAGCGAAGGUCUCCAAAAAUUCGAGAAACUCAACAAACUGUCCGUGCCGUGCGGCACACUUCCGCAAAUAUGUGCGCGAGCGAUGACCUGAGGACUCGUCGACGCCGAGCCAGCCGUCGUGGUUUCCUUUUCUCCAGGCUUUUUCCUGGAGCAGACUCCCCGGCUGGGUUUCUCUCGGUUCCGUUUUUGUGCUGUGAGACUCGUGGAGCCAUUUUUAUCGCGCAGAUCCUCGUCUGCGCUGCCUCGUCUCCCGCGGCAGAGACCAGCCUCGAAGACGUGCUGUCAAACGGCCUUUCUAUUUCAGAGAAGCCCUUUUCUUUCGUGUUUCUCGACCUCUUGGACCAUUUUUCGUCUUUCUUUCCACCCCGCGCUCCCAUCCCUCCUUUUCGUAGCCGGCCCCGCGCAUGCGCUGCUUUCCAUAGAGCCGACAACGGCGACGUGCCGGUUCUUCUGCAGUUUGGGAACUGCACGCUGAAGCACGAUGAAAAAAGGCUUGGAUCCGGGAAACAAAGAUCUUCACGAACUCUGAAGCAGGCGUCCAACUCGUUGCUGGAACUGCGCCUCCCCAGCUCCGGCCGAGAAGCCGAGCUGUCCUCGAGGCGCUGAAGGUCCGCUCUGACUUGCGAGUUUGUUUCUUCCUUGUCAUCUUUCUUGAGUUCGCCUGAAAACUUUCGCUGGACUGCUCAGGGUAGCGGAAACUGUGGCCUGCGCUCUGGCGCACGGCUUUUCCGAGAACACAACUCCCCUCGACAGAUCCAGGAGACGAUGGUAUGGUCCAGGCUUUCUCAGGCUCGCGGGCGGGACUCUGGUCUGCAUGCGCGAACGGAAGGAUCCUGACGGCUGCCUUGCUUCCAUUCUUGUGGAAGUCCUCUCCUCCCCAGACACAUUGCUUCUCUCCUUUCUGUCCCUCGGCGGUGGCCUAUGAGAACGUACUUUUCCACGCGUUUCGCUCCCUUUCAUUUUCGUCCGUUUCUCGGCGUUUUAUUUCGCUGCUUUCCGUCUUAGUGUCACUUUCCUUUUUCUCGUGCACAGCAGCUGAGACGCACUCCUCCCUUCUCUUCGGUGUUGCCGACAUGCUUUCCUUCACCGGAGAGUCUAUCGGAAGCCGUUCAGGAGGGAGGCUGAGUGUUGAAGUUUCUCAACCUCGCGGUGUCCCGACGUCAGACUCUGUCCACGUCUCAGUCUCGCUGGUCGAUCUCUUUUGUUUGUUCUCGUCUGUCAUUCCGUUUCCUCUGUCUGUCUCUGCGUGAACGCGAGGGCGAGAUCGCCUGUAGAAAAUACUUGACAUAGACACCGAAUUUCUUCUGCUUCUGCUUCUCCGAGGAAGCAGUGGUUGUUGAACUACCGUCGACGGCAGUCAGAAGGCUCCUCCCAAGGUCGCGAACGGCGCCGAGCCGCCUCUCGACCAUCUCUCUCUCUUUCUCUUCGCUCGGUGUCUCUCCCUCCCUCUCCCCCUUUUCUCUGUCUUUCUCUCUUUUCUCUCUCGGUUUCCCUUUCUCUGCCGCUCUCCUUCUUCUCUAUCUCCCCCUCCGUCUUCCCCGCGCCUCUUCAGAAGGCACACUGUCCGCGUUUUUCUGCAUGCAUGCGCUUCGUCUGCAUGCGUCGAGAGUCCCCAUGCGGUGUGGGGGAGUAAGGUGUCUGUUUCCCUUGGGCUUCACGUGGAGCGCGAAGCUUCACUGAGACUAGACCUUUCUGCAGUUUUUCCGGCCGAUUCCCCUCGUCUUUUUCCGGAACAGAAUGAGAUCGUGUUGCGGCCGGAGCCAGGCGACCCACCGCUCUGCGGGAGACGUCGCGCCUUCUGACGACCUAGCGAAAAGUCCUCUCGGAUUCAAACACACGCUCCAGGGUCAUGCCCGACUUCCCGCCAAGAUGGAGCGGACGCUUCUCGAAGACAUCCUCACAAAGACAAACCUAGGACCGAAGGAAAUUAAAGAUCUGUACAACCGAUUCCGAAGAAUCGCGCCAGAUGGCUCACUUCCCUUCUCCCGCUUCUGCGAUACUUUGGGAGUCCUCGGCAUGGUCGACGAAACUUUCCUCGCCGAGCGCCUUUUCAACGCCUUCGACACAAACGGCGACUCGCGACUGAGUUUCACGGAGUUUGCCGUAGCUCUGGGCACCAUGAUGCGCGGAAGCGACGACGAGAAACUGAAUCUCUCCUUCAAGAUUCUGAAUCCGACCUACGGAGGCGGCGCGACAUGUUUGGCGGACUACGGCCUGGGGGGGUUCGAGGAAGACGCAAGCGAGUGCGAGCAGACUUCAGUGGCUUCUCCGCGGGUGACGGCGCGCCGGGAGCCUUCGCUGCGCAGUCCGUCUUGCGGCUUGCAGGAACCGCUGUCGCUGCAGCGCUACGAAGAGCUAAAGCCGCAGAUCGAGCGCGACACCAUCGGUGUGGAGGACUUUGUGUUGCUGAUCCACUGCGUCGAGCAAACACGGCGAGCGCUGAUUGGCGGGACCCAGCCGAGCUCAUCGGACGCAGAAAUUCGAAGAGUUUUCAUGCAGAACGCCACGGUCAUGCCCGACGGAUCUUCGCGCAUGAUGCUGCUCGACUUCAAACAAGCCGUCCGGACUUCCCCCGCCUUCCUCGCGCUCCUCGGAGUCCUCCCCCAAGAACUCGCUGCAGACACUUCAGCGGGGCACCAGUGCAUUCCCGCCGCCAAAAAGGCGGUCUCAAUGCGAGCUUCCCGGCAUCGCCAUUCAGAUGUGCAGAGUUCAGCCGACUCGCGGUCGGAGAGCCGCCGAGACAGCGUGGAAGCGGUGAAGCAAGAACUGCAGAGAGUGCGCGAGGAACUGGGGCGCGUGGUGGACUUCGUCAACAGCGUUGUCUCUGUCGUUCAGAAGGAACAAGAUACCUCCGACGCCAUCAUUGCGCAUGUGAUCAAAGACGCAGAGGAAGACGCUGCCCACCUCGCCGACGGGACAGCCGCUGCAGGCGCGGUCUCGGACCAUGGAGGUGGGUUGUCUGAGAAGGGAGAGUUUUCUCGUAUGAUUGCAUGCCCCGUGAGGUCCCUCGAAGAACAUGUCCCCCUGUCUGCGAGUUCCUGUCCUUCGAUGGAAGACAUCCAUCCUUUCCCGAGCUUCCCCGUCCGCAGCAUGAGCGAAGCCGAGGGCGAAGACCGCGCAUGCGGUGUUGUCUCUCGCAAGCUGAGCGGAAACACCGCAGAGGAGGUCCCCGCGACGCCUCUCACUUCCAGGGUCGACGGCGCAUUUGCCUCGAGCGCACCGAGGUCCUCGGAGGCCGUGGAGUCAGUGAGGGAAGACGAAGCCUCAACGCAGAGGAGAUCUGAAGCGCGAGAAGCAUCCUCGACAACGAGGGAAUCUCAAGGACGAGAAGAAGCCUGGUCAGGUGGAGCACCGUCGAAGCGAGAAGUGCCAGGAGUUCGCGAAUCUCAAGGGUGCGAAGAAGCGUCUGCUGCAUGCGAGUUGACUCAUGAGACUCACGCGCAUCUGCGGCGGACGCUGGAGCAGCUGCAUGCGUUGCGGACGGCGACUGUGAAGGACGCAGUGGAGGCUGAAGCGAACAAGACGAUUUCUCAGAUCGAAGCGGUUGAGGCGCGCAUCGGGCGCCUGCUCUCCCUCCUGAGGGACGACGACCGCGCCUCUCUCUCGUCUGCGGGAGCAACUUCGAACGAGAAGGAAGGCCGGAAGUCCACGCGACUCACUGCCUGCGAGCCUCCCGUUCUCUCUGCCUCGAACGGCGACCGCGGCAGCGUCGGGAUCUUCGGGAACUGCGGCUCCUCCAGCUUCGAUAGCCGCGACCAUUGGCCUUUCUGCAGACCCAGGGGCCUGGUGACCCUUGAAGUGGGGAGAGAAGAAGGCGAGACGGGGAGAGAAUUGAGGAAUGCGGUGUCGGAACCUGGUGCCCGCGAGGCGGAGGCCGAGCCGCUGUUUCUGGGCGACGGGACGGUGCUUGUGGGGUCCGCCGGGAGCGAACCGGAGGAGACCGACGCAAAGGUAGAGGAGACGCGUUUUGGCUUGGCGCGGGGGCCUGAAGGGGACGUCCGGGAGGGUGAGAAAGUUUUUCGGCCACCGGCUUGCAGAAAACACGGUUCGGGUGGAAGCAGGUAUCGCAGCUUCACUUCGAAGAAAGUCACAAUUCGCCUCAGGAGCGCGGAGACAACGCAGCGACAGUCGACAGACGAAAACGACGGCCCCGACGCACUCUCCGAGCACCCGGUGUUGAGUAGCCCAUGCAGCCGCCCUCUCCACAAGGACAGCGGCUCCCAGUCUGACGAAAUUCCGCUGCAUCGCAUGUACAUGAACCGCGCGAAUUUCAAAUUUUCGAACAGACAACGACGGAGACGCCGCACCAUUCUGCCCAUGGGCUCGUUCCGCCUCAAGCGCGUAGACAGCAACAGUUCGCGUCCGCCGGGCAGUCCGAAGGGUCUCGCCGUCCACUUUGGACAUGAGAACUGGGACACAGUGAUCAACAUCAUGGUCGGCAUUCGCUUGGCGGCAGGCCGAGCGAGCAGCGAACCGCAGCGAGCCAUCGAGCGCUACGACUUUGUCAUGAAGGAGAAGUUCUCCAUUCUCCCCAACACAGGCAUGGUCAAAAGCAUAAGUGACCGCAGAUCGCUGUUUGCAGUUCGUUUCGUCGACUACGCCCCGAUGGUCUUUCGGCGACUGCGGGAGAGAUUUCACAUCAGCAGUGAAACCUACGUUCGCUCCGUGGGUCCCGAGCAGCUCCUUGGAAACCUGCUUCUCGGCAACUUGUCUUCCCUGUCGGAGCUGGUGUCUGAGGGAAGAAGCGGCGCGCUUUUCUACUACACUGCGGACGGAAAAUUCAUGAUCAAAACUAUUUCCAAGAGCACAGCGAUGUUUUUGCGCUCGAUUUUGCUGGACUACUACGAACACGUGAUGGCGAAUCCCGAUUCGCUUCUCACGCGUUUUUUUGGGCUGCAUGCAAUUCGGUUGAAAGAGAAACACAGGAGCGGCGGCGCCGUCCUUUCGCCUCACAUGGCAGCUGACCGGCGCAUGCACAAAAAGUAUUUUAUCGUGAUGUCAAAUUUCUUUCACACGCCCGUCGAAAUCCACAGACGCUAUGACCUCAAAGGGUCCACCUACAAACGGCAGUUGUCUCCAGACCAACUCAAAGACAGCACUGUCGCAUUGAAAGACCUCGACAUCGACAGAGAGAAAGAGCAGAUGGAACUCGGGCCAGAAAGGCGAAGCCAACUUCUUGCGCAGAUGCAAAAGGACGUUGAAUUUCUGCGAGUGCACCAGAUCAUCGACUACUCGUUACUCCUGGGGAUCUUCUACCGCGGCCAACAACCGGAUGACGUUCUGGCCGCCAUGGUCUCUUCGACGCCUACUCCCCCUCCCCCUCGUCCCCUCAGCUUCCACCACAACUUUCGUCUUCACCAUCUCUCUGGACUUUCUCAACCCUCGAUGGAGCCUCACGUCCCCUUCUUUCAGGCAGAGUUUGGAGGCAUGUGGUCUGCGGACAAAUCGAAGCUUUACUACGUUGGAAUUGUCGACAUCUUGACAUGCUGGAACACCGUCAAAAAACUCGAACAUGCCUUCAAAACUGUCCAAACUGGAGACCCAAAAAGUAUCUCCUGCGUUAAUCCGGACUACUACGCUGAGCGCUUCAUGGCCUUCAUGCGACGGCACAUUGAAUGAGGAUUCUGAGGAGCUGUCGGUCGUCGCCGCUACCGGCUUGACCUCUGUACGUUUCUCUCUGCCAACGUGGACGCUUCUCGAGAGGCUUUUGACGCCUCGUGAAUCUCACUUCCUCUGGGAAGGCGCCUUUGACUCCAGUGGCUGUGGCCGCUGGCGCAGCCGGGGCCUCUCGGCCUUCGAGGCAUGCGUUUUUGCGGACGCGGGGAGGUCUCCGCGAUUCGUGAUAUCGGUCUGGCGGUGCAUUUCUCUGUAGAGAUUGGUUGCGGUUCUGUGUGCGCGGAACGCGAAGAAACGCGAGACAAGUUGUCUCUCGCUUUUUCGAGUCUGCGUAUCCGAAGAGCGCGUCACUUAUUGUUUUCUGUUAUCGACGAACGUACGACUGCAGUUGCGAGACACGGGUCUGUGGGUCUUUGCCUGGUGCGGCUCUGAACAUUGUGCAGUCAGAGAAUCGAUGCUCUGCGCCGUUUCUGUGGGAAGGCGGCGCUCCCGAGGAAAAAGUUUUAGAAUUCGCGUUUUAUUCUUCUUUUACCGCAAUGGGGGUUUCGGAGUUGUUUCUCGACUCGUCGGAUUUUCUCCAAAUACACUCGAGGCCCCCAUGCCCUCGUCAGGAACUGGCGUCGCGCCGGCUUUCCGGCUGUGCAUGUUUCGAUUUGUUUCCGUCUGUCUUCCAUCGAGCGCUCUGGUGCCUCUUUGUUCCCGCUUGUUGACCCAAGUUCGUUUGACGUUGUUGGAGAGCUGGGGGGCCAAUAUCGCGCCGAGGGCGCAAGCAGAG